CGAUACAUCGAUACAUUCGACAGCAUGGCCGCCGGGAGUGAAAUUUCGUGUUUUUGGAAUGAUUUUCAAUUAAAACGGCCGCCGCUGGUCACCUUGCAGGUGGAGGAUACAGGAUUCGCAAAGAACGUCUUUGUGCAAAUCAACAGAUACCUGCAACAGCUGUCCGAGCCGGACGCCGAAGAUUUUGAUCAAACUGCGGCACUGAUCGGGCGUCUUAUGGCCCGCCGUAAGAACUCCUUUCGAAAUAUGCCCGGAUUUCGGUCCGUAUGCAAGCUCAACACGGCGCUCUGUCGUCUGCUGCGUCUGGAUCUGCCCCGUGAGCUGGAACACUUUCGCGGUGCCCUGCCCGAUGUGUGCGACGGCGAAUUGGCGGGAGUCAUGCCUACCCGCAGCAGUUUUGAGUACAUUUUGGUGCGACUGCUCGGCUUUUAUCACCUGCAUGCCCGCAUCCGGGAGUGCUGUGUGACAGCGGCCAGAUAUUUCACUCCAUUGCUGAGGAACAACUUCUUUAUGGAGACGCUCACGUUGCUCAUAGCAGCAUUAGCCAAGAUCAACAAACUGAGCACGCUGCAGGCCAACAGAAGUGCCAGUCUCUACAACAACUUGCGGCCACUCUCCCUUAAAUUUCCGGAGGUGGAAAGGCACAAGUUUGUGCCCGAAAACUGCGAGUUGCCUGCCCAGCUUCAACGGCUUGUUGCCACCACACAAAAGCAAACAGAAUAUGAUGCCAGUGCUCCUGCUGUGAUGCUGAAAUCUCCUAUCGUGGUCACAAAAGUGGAGAAGGCCAGGCUGGAGGCCAAAUCGGACGUGGGCACUGUGGUUGCUCGGAAGGAUUUACCGCCGCUUGCACAAAACGCCAAGACUGAAUUCAACCUGGAAACGCUACGUAGUGUCGAGGACGUGAAGCGUUUCAUUGCCCGCGAAUCAAAGGCCAGACAGCAGAGCUCCGUACCAAAGAGCUGCGUCACCAAGGCCAUACCCAAGCACGAGUGGCUGGGAGCCCAAACGCUCUUCCAGCGCAAGGCUACCAAGGAUCCAGCCAAGGCGUUGAGCGUGUUUCGCAAGUUUAUUAUUAGUAAGAUAUAAUACAAAAAAGAGCAAAAUAUGUUUCAUUAUAGAGGCGUGAGAAUGCCGUCGGCCAACUGGUAGCGUUGAAGACGCACAAUUUGUUUAUGUGAA